AUGCAGCUGGUAGCCAGCCUCGUCGCUGUGAUGCUGUUGGCCUGGAGCGUGAGAGCAUCAGCGCUGCCCGGAGAGGACAAGUUUUCGCUUCAGAGCAGUAGGGAGCAGUUCAAAGUCCGGAAAGGCCUGAUUCUGAAAAUGCUGGCAGAGCUGCUGGAUGAUGUGGACACGCACCACGAGGCCACGGCUUCCUUUGAUUCGGACGAUCCACCCGCAAGCGAGCUGGAGGAAGAACACUCCAUACUGGAGCAGCUGUCCCAGACCACCCAGCGAGACCGCAAAGCCCCCUGCAAAAAUUUCUUCUGGAAAACCUUCACCGCUUGCUAGCGCCCCCUUCAGCCCUUCCCUUUGCCAGCCCUUUUUUUGCCUCUGGACCUGGGACCCU